AUGAUCUCAAAGUCGUUGCCCGAGGUUGAGCAUUUUGUGCCUGUCCAGCCCUCGAAGCUUGUCAAAGACUUUGUCAAGUUGCGCACCGUGGACCUGAGUCGCUACGACGAUGGUCCCGAUGCCCGCAAAGAACUGGCGGAAGAGGUGAGACUUGCAAUGACCACGCAAGGGUUUUUUAUCCUCGUCAACCACGGUCUUGAUGAGGAAGACAUCUCACGCCAAGUCGAUAUUGGCCACACUAUCCUGGCAAGGACCUCGGAUGAGGAAAAGAACAGGUUGAAAGCACCUAUUGUGGAAGAAGGUUCCUAUCAUGGCUUCAAGCCUCGCGGGCAUUGGAUCGCCAAGGGCAACGUCCGUGACAAAGUCGAGAACUUCAAUAUCUAUCGUGACAUGGCUCUCCGAGAGCAGCCAUCUACUAUGGAGCCCUACAAGCCUGAGAUUCAGUCCUUCAUUGAGUACACCCACAAGGAGAUUCUUUACAAGCUUCUCCGCCUGUUCGCCAUCGCUUUGAAAAUCACAGACGAGGAGUUUUUCGUGAAGCUGCAUCGCUACGAGGGCCAUGACGAGACGUGGCUACGAUACAUGGAGUAUUAUGACGAAUAUACAGACGAAGAGAAAAAGGUGACGGGCGGCCUCUGGCUCGGUGGUCAUCAAGACUUUACAAGCUUGUCUAUCCUAUUCAGCCAGCCCAUGUCGUCCCUCCAGGUUCGCGAUUACGACAACAAUUCCGAGUGGACCUAUGUGCCGCACGUCCCGGGUGCCGUCAUUGUCAAUGCUGGUGAGAUCUUCAAGUGGUGGACUGGUGACUACUUCAAGGCGGCAAUCCACCGAGUUGUUGAGCCUCCCGAGGACCAGCGCGGACACAAUCGCUGCAGCGUCUUCUAUUUCUGCGUGCCCAACGACGAGGUGGUCAUCAACACCCUGCUCGAUGAGAGCCCCGUGCUGAGAGAGGCCGGAGUGCAAAUGGCACACGAGCCGCAGAACGCACCGACCAGCAAGGCAUGGAGCAAUGGCCGGAUCAAGAUCACUGGUCGGAAUGCGGUCUGGGAUGGCAAGAAGGAGGGGGAAAACAUGGUGGUGGAAAAGGUGGGCACCGUCGAGACACGAUGGUUCCGAUAG